AUGGCAAAGAUAUUGUUGAACGCCCCACUGAUUGUUGUUAUUGUGUGGCAUUUAUUGGGUGAGCAAUUGAAAGAAUUCAUAGCUGAGAAGGAGAAAAUGAUGAACAAAAAUGGAUCAGAGAAAAUUAAGACCAAAGAAUACGCAGGACCUUUGGGGGGGUGUGUAACUGAUCAAGGUCUGCCUGAACAGGAAAGGAGAAUGGUUGCAGGUGAUGGAAUGGACAAGACCUUCACAAAGUUGCCUGGAGGAAAUGAGAGCAGCAAAGAGCAAACGAUAGAAGAAUUAAAGUCAUGGAGAUCAUCUAAGGAGUAUGCAAAUAAAGGCAGAGACUGGGAGGUGUUUCAUCUUACGAGGCUUGUGGGAAAAUACAAUCGAAAUGGGUGGGCAGGGGAUCGAAUAAAUUGUGCACCAUUUGCAGUUUGCAAGCAACUGGAGCAGCACAUGCAGAUCGUAUUCCCUGGACUGACUUCCUUUCUGGACAUGAAAGGAAUGAGUAAACAUUGUGUGGUGACAAAAUUCUACCAGCACACCCUUUCCUUGGCAUUUGCUAUAAAAGAGAUAAAUGACAGCCCCAAGAUCUUGCCCAAUCUCACCCUUGGAUUCCACAUCUGUGACAGUUAUUACGAUGCAAGGAUGACCUAUCGGACAACUCUGGACCUACUUUUCAAAUCACAUAGAUUUGUCCCCAACUACAAAUGUGACGUUCAAAAAAACCUUAUAGCCAUCAUUGGAGGACUUAGCUUUGAUACCUCCCUCUCUAUGGCUGACACCAUAGGCCUCUACAAGAUUCCACAGCUCACAUAUGGGUCAUUUCCUCCAGGGGAGAGUGAUGCAGACCAGUUCCUUUCCUUUUACCACUUGGUUCCCAAUGACAGCCAUCAGUCUAUUGGAAUCAUUAGCUUACUAAAGCAUUUUGGAUGGAAAUGGAUUGGACUUUUCGUUGUGGAAGGUGACGGUGGAGAAAAUUUCUUGCAGACUCUGGAACCAUUGCUUUCUAGGCACGGAAUCUGUUCAUCCUUCACACAUAAAAUACCACAAGUAGCCAAUGUAGAUAAGCUGAGUGAAACACUUGAUGUGCUCUUGGAUAUUUAUCUCUCUUUAACAGAUGAUAAAGUCAGUUCAUGUAUAAUCUUUGGAGAAUCUUUAACCCUUAUAUGGAUGGGAGCUGUACUAGUUCUAGGAGAUUCUGAAAAGAAGGGAAGCUCAUCAUUUAGAAAGGUGUGGAUCAUAACAACCCAGAUUGAUUUCAUAUUAGUGAUAUUCCAAAAGCUUUUAGAUCUUCAGACCUUUCAAGGUUCCAUUUCCUUCACAAUUCAUUCAAAUGAGCCUCCGGGGUUCAAUGAAUUUCUUCAGAGCAUUAAGCCUGAUAAAAUAAAAGAAGAUGGUUUUCUUAGGACUUCUGGGAGCAAGCAUUUGACUGUACAUUCCCAAACCCCAGUUGGACAACGGAAGCCAAUGAAUCAUCUCCACCCUUUUCUUCUUGACAUUUCAUUUAACAACACUGCUGGAGAAACAGUGAGUUUCAAUGGUAAAAAGCAAACCGGAGGUGCACUUGACAUCAUGAACAUAGUCACAUUCCCAAACAAGUCCUUCCUUCGAGUGAAAGUUGGUCAAGUAGACAAUGAUGCUCUUGAAGCAAGAAGAUUUGACAUUCAUGAGGACAAGAUUAAAUGGCACAAAGGUUUUAACCAGGUGGUGCCUAUUUCUGUGUGUAAUGACUGCUGCUCCCGUGGUCAUCAGAAGAAAAGGAAGGAAGGGGAGAAAUUUUGCUGCUAUGAUUGUGCUCCAUGUCCAGAAGGGAAGAUUUCAGACCAGAAUGAUAUGGAUGACUGUUUCAGAUGCCCAGAAGACCAAUAUGCAAACAAGAACAAAGAUGGAUGCAUCUCCAAAUCAAUGAGCUUUCUUUCUUAUGAAGAACCCUUAGGGAUCAGCUUGGCCUCAAUUGCUAUUUGUUUCUCCAUUGUCACAACUUUAGUGUUUUUAGCUUUUGUGAAGCACAGAGAUACACCCAUUGUCAAAGCCAACAACCGAGAUCUCACCUACACUCUCCUCAUCUCUCUACUGCUCUGCUUUCUAUCUUCUUUGCUAUUCCUUGGCAAACCAGGGGAAAUGGCUUGCUUCCUCAGACAACCUACUUUUGGCAUCAUCUUCUCAAUGGCUGUUUCUUGUGUGCUGGCCAAAACCAUUACCGUAGUUGUAGCUUUCAUGGCCACCAAGCCAGGGUCCAGCCUGAGGAAGUGGGUGGGGAAAAGACUGGCCAACGCCAUUGUCCUUUCUUGCUCUUUGAUUCAAGCAAGUCUGUGUACUCUCUGGUUGGCAACUUCUCCUCCAUUCCCAGAUUUAGACAUGCACUCACUAAUGGAAGAAAUUACUGUGCAAUGUAAUGAAGGGUCGGUGACCUUAUUUUCCUGUGUCCUGGGCUACAUGGGCCUCCUGGCUUUCUUCAGCUUCAUUGUGGCAUUUGCAGCUCGCAAAUUGCCAGACAGUUUUAAUGAAGCCAAGUUCAUUACCUUCAGCAUGUUGCUGUUCUGCAGUGUUUGGUUGUGUUUUGUCCCAACCUACCUGAGCACGAAAGGGAAGUACAUGGUGAUGGUGGAGAUCUUCUCCAUCUUGGCCUCCAGUGCUGGCUUACUGGGCUGCAUCUUUGCCCCAAAAUGCUAUAUUAUCAUGCUGAGGCCAGAGCUGAACAACAGAGAGCAACUAAUAAGAAUAAAGAAUUAA